CCGCGAGAGCGUUGUGGUUGAAGACCGGAUGCGCGGUUGGCCAAGCUGCCUGCAGUCGCGAAUCGGACGAUCGACUGGCGUAACGCUUCGGCAUAGUCGAACAACCGUUUACCAACGAGUUGGUCCAGCGAUUCAACACUCCGCGACCCGAUCCUUCGAUCCGCGAACUAUCGAUCGCUCGACAGACCUCGACCAGGCGAGGAAAUCCUCCGGAGGUAUCUCGCGUGUUUAACCGAUAAAUCGAUAAACUCGCGUUCGUUCCAUCGAUACUCCAGGAGACACCAUGAGAAAUUCGGCCCUAACAGACCGUCGUUUGUUCGACGCUCUCCACGUUCUUAUCGUAUUCUCGGGCGUGUUCUCGGUAGCGUUAUCGGCGGUGAGCCAGGACAGAGGAUUGUAUCACCGGUCCCCGAAUUUCGAUGACGCAGAGUCGACCAACGACGACUUCUUGGCUUAUAUGCUGGACAGGUGGAGGUCGGCCCAGUCGCCGGAGGUUCGACGAGAGCCGCAGAUCGCGAUUCAACUCCUCAAGAGCCACGCGCAACGGGAUAACGACGAUUUGACGUACGAAGUCGGGUACAAGUACGCGGAGAACGGCAAGAACACGAUGGAGAAAAAUAAGAAUUGCGGGAACGGGGUGUACGAGAAGACGAGGGACGAUAAAAAGGAUCAGAACGAGGCGAAGUUUGACGGGGAUGUCCCGGCGAUCACCUCCAGGACCAUCAUCGAUCCUCCCGCUUUCGAGUGUCCCGCGGGACAGAGGCCGGACUCGAACGGCCAGUGCAGGGACGUUAUCGAAAUGUAAACAAUCGAGGAACACCUGUAUUUAGUCAGACUGUCGAAGAAUAUGGACACGACCUUCCCAAAGCUCUCAUGUGGACCUCAAGCAAGCUGAUAAAUAUUACCUUAACAAUUUUUCUAAAUUAAACAAUUUCUAAUGUAAUCGCAGUAGUUUUUUUUUAAAAUCUUAAUUCACAUCGUCUCAAUUCUAUCGAAUCUUAUAUUCGAAUAAUACGAUAUCGUAAUAGGUACCUCAAGAAAGCUGCUGAACGUUAUGUUAACAAUUCUUCUAAAUUAAACAAUUUCUAGCAGA